AGACAAUGUCGGUUACAUGAUGCUCGAUACAGUAUGCUAACUCGAUAGUAGAUAUUCCGUACUUAAGCCACUCAGUACUUGAUGCUCUACGAAGCAUGCUCUCAGGCUUCAACCAUUUGUUCGUGAUUUAGUUGGAGUAACGUUGGUGAGCAAUCGAUCAAUGGCGCUAUUCAAGCUUUUAACUAUGGCCGCAUCUCGAACAAGAAAACAAUCCCUCCUCAAAACCCUUCGUUACAUGAGCAAUGUCCCUGAAAAUACGGUCUACAGCGGCCCCACCUCCCAAACUCCUAAUCAAAGAGUCACUCUCACCAAUCUUAGACAAAAGUACAAGAAAGGUGAACCCAUCACCAUGGUCACUGCUUACGAUUACCCUUCCGGUGUCCAUUUGGACAUGGCUGGGAUUGAUAUUGCUUUGGUUGGCGAUUCGGCUGCCAUGGUUGUGCACGGCCACGACACUACGUUACCGAUUAGUUUGGAUGAAAUCCUUGUUCAUUGUAGGGCUGUUGCUCGUGGGGCUAGGAGACCUCUUUUGAUUGGUGAUUUGCCGUUUGGUACUUAUGAAUCCAGCUCUGCGCAGGCUGUUGAUACGGCAGUGAGAAUUCUGAAGGAAGGGGGAAUGGAUGCAAUAAAAUUGGAAGGGGGUGCACAUUCUAGAAUAACAGCAGCAAGAGCUAUAGUCGAAGCAGGGAUUGCGGUAAUGGGGCAUGUUGGACUUACUCCACAAGCAAUUAGUGUUCUUGGAGGAUUUAGACCUCAAGGGAAGAAUAUCGUCAGCGCUGUUAAGGUGGUGGAAACUGCAAUCUCUCUACAAGAAGCUGGGUGUUUUGCUGUCGUCCUAGAAUGUGUUCCUCCAGAAGUUGCUGCUGCGGCUACAGCUGCUCUCCGUAUUCCCACCAUGGGCAUUGGAGCAGGGCCUUUCUGUAGUGGACAAGUGCUAGUUUACCAUGAUCUUCUCGGCAUGCUUCAACACCCUCAUCAUGCUAAGGUGACCCCGAAAUUCUGUAAGCAAUUUGCUCAAAUAGGAGAUGUCAUCAACAAAGCUUUAUUAGAAUACAGGGAAGAAGUAUCUAAUCGUUCGUUUCCUGGACCGCACCAUAGCCCAUAUAAGAUCAGUGACCCUGAUCUGAAUGGUUUCUUGAAAGAGUUACAAAAUAUGGGAUUGGAUGAGGCAGCAUCAGCAGCUGCUGCUAAAGCCAACCGAUGAUUGAACUCAGGCCACAUUUAAUUGGCCCGCCUUCCUUGGUCUUGCUUUUUUUUGAGUUUUAAAUAAUUCAGGGAAUUUAUAAGGUGGAUCAAUUUGUUCAAAGAAUCAGUAGCUGGAAUGCUUCAAACUCUUGUGAUCGCAAUCAACGUUUUCUUUAGGCAACCAGUUCCUUCUUAGAUUUCCUCAA